AUGUCUACCAUCUCGAAGAAACGGAAGCUUGAGAAAGAUCCUCCGAAGUUCUACGGCGUGAGGGCGGGGAAGAACCCCGGUGUGUAUACGAAUUGGGGGGAUUGUCAGUUGAACACCACUGGGUUUAAGGGCGCAAGCUAUAAAUCCUUCACCUCAAAAAAAGACGCCGAGGACUUCGUGGCGGGGAGGGUUGUAGCGUCUACUACAAAACCUUCUGGAGAUAAAUUCUACGGCGUGGCUGUAGGUCAUGUACCAGGUGUUUACGAGGAUUGGAAUGAAGCGAAGGAACAAAUCAAAGAUGUAAAGGGACCGAAAUAUAGGAAGUUCACAACGAGAAAGGAAGCGGAGGAGUUUGUGAGGACCGGGGGCAAGAGCUCGAAAGUCUCGAAGGAUGAUAAGGAUGGCGAACCGAGUACGAAGAAGGCGAAGAUAAGUGUAGAUGGCAUGCUGCAGGUUUGGACGGAUGGGAGUUCGAGAGGGAAUGGGAAGAAGAGCGCUGAGGCUGGUGUUGGAGUUUAUUUUGGGGUUGAUGAUUCACGGAAUGUCUCUGAACGACUUGGAGGAAGCCCGCAAACCAACCAACGCGCAGAACUAACCGCUAUUCUCCGAGCUCUCGAAAUCGUCGACAGGGAUCGCACGUUAGAAAUCAUCACCGAUAGUAAUUACUCCAUCAAUUGCUCGACAGUGUGGUACAAGAACUGGGAAAAGCGCGAUUGGAAAACUUCUGAAGGCACGGAUGUCAUGAAUAAGGAUCUGGUGGUAGAGAUUAGGAAGAUCCUGGAUGAGAGGACGGAGAAAGGUGUCGAGACGAAGUUUACUUGGAUUAAGGGCCAUGAUAAUGAUCCUGGGAAUGUGGCGGCGGAUAUACUUGCUGUUGCUGGGUCGAGGCUUCCGAAGGUUGAAGAGGCUGAAGAUGUGUAG